UUAUCCAUUGCGUUGAGAAACGCGCCAGAUUCAAUGCCAGCCACGUACGCCAAUCAAAUUUCGACACGUUGAUAUUUACUACGCCAAGUCAUCUCUCUGUUCCCUUUUUUAAGUAAUCGGCGAACCGGCUCUCUGCAAUUUUCUGGUGCGCGGUUGUCGGAGAUGUCGUCGGGAGAAUCAAAUCGGACGGCGGAGGAUGAAUCUCAGGCAAUCUCCCGGCGAAUCGAGCGGCUGUCCUUACACAUGGCGCCGAUUCCCGUUCCCGGCGACGGUUCGCAGUUACAGAUGCUAACGUGCGGCGCGGCGAAGGCGAAGCUCGAGGUCGAUACGGCGAGUCUGUCGCAGUACAUGAGGGGAAAACAUAGGGAGAUUCAGGAGCGGGUGUUCGAGUACUUCAAUUCGAGGCCGGAGCUGCAUACGCCGGUGGAGAUUUCCAUGGCCGAUCAUCGGGAGCUCUGUAUGAAGCAACUGAUCGCUCUGGUGAGGGAGGCCGGAAUCAGGCCGUUGAGAUUUGUGAAUGAUGAUCCGGCCAAGUAUUUCGCCAUUAUGGAGGCUGUGGGAAGCAUCGAUGUCUCCCUCGCGAUUAAAAUGGGCGUGCAGUUCAGUCUUUGGGGUGGCUCUGUACUCAAUUUAGGAACCAAAAAGCACAGAGACAAAUUCUUUGAUGGUAUUGACAAUUUGGAUUAUCCUGGCUGCUUUGCUAUGACAGAACUUCACCAUGGUUCAAACGUCCAGGGUCUCCAAACAACAGCCACAUUCGAUCCGAUCACAGAUGAAUUCAUUAUCAAUACGCCGAAUGAUGGAGCGAUCAAAUGGUGGAUUGGCAACGCUGCAGUUCAUGGCAAGUUUGCCACUGUUUUUGCUAAGCUUAUUUUGCCAACUUAUGAUGCAAAAAAGACUGCUGAUAUGGGUGUCCAUGCCUUCAUUGUUCCGAUAAGAGAUCUCAAGUCACAUAAAACGCUUCCAGGAAUUGAAAUACAUGAUUGUGGACACAAGGUUGGCCUCAAUGGGGUGGAUAAUGGAGCAUUGAGAUUCUCUUCAGUGAGAAUUCCCCGGGAUAACCUCCUCGACCGGUUUGGAGAGGUAUCCCGGGACGGGAAGUAUAAGAGUAGUCUACCAUCCAUCAGUAGAAGAUUUGCGGCCACGUUAGGAGAACUUGUAGGUGGAAGGGUUGCCCUUGCAUAUUCUUCAGUCAGUGUCCUUAAGAUUGCUUCUACAAUUGCAAUCAGAUAUUCGCUGUUACGUCAGCAGUUUGGCCCUCCGAAGCAGCCAGAAGUCAGUAUUCUUGAUUACCAGUCUCAACAACACAAGCUAAUGCCGAUGCUGGCCUCGAAUUAUGCAUUCCAUUUUGCUACUCUGCAACUAGUGGAAAAGUAUGCACUGAUGAAGAAGACUAAUGAUGAAGAACUAGUUGGAGAUGUUCAUGCAUUAUCGGCGGGGCUCAAGGCUUACGUGACUUCAUACACCGCAAAGUCAUUGAGCACCUGCAGGGAAGCCUGUGGUGGCCAUGGCUAUGCUGCCGUUAACCGCUUUGGUAGCCUAAGGAACGAUCAUGAUAUUUUCCAGACUUUUGAAGGGGACAAUACUGUUCUUCUACAACAGGUUGCAGCCUACCUCUUGAAACAAUACAAGGAGAAAUUUGAAGGAGGGACGCUUGCAGUUACAUGGAACUACCUGCGAGAAUCGAUGAAUACGUAUCUAUCUCAACCAAAUCCCGUUACUGCACGGUGGGAAAGUGCAGACCAUUUGCGAGAUCCAAAGUUUCAGUUGGAUGCCUUUCAAUAUCGAACGUCACGAUUGCUUCAAAGCGUGGCUGUUCGCCUUCGCAAGCAUACUAAAACUCUUGGCAGCUUUGGUGCCUGGAAUAGAUGCCUAAAUCACCUCCUGACUCUUGCGGAAUCCCAUAUCGAGUCUGUAAUCCUCGCCCAGUUUAUCAAAGCUGUACAAAGAUGUCCCAAUGCAAAUACACAGGCUACUUUGAAACUCUUAUGUGACCUUUACGCCUUGGAUCGAAUCUGGAACGACAUUGGAACAUACCGUAAUGUUGACUAUGUAGCUCCAAACAAAGCAAAGGCAAUUCAUAAGCUCGCUGAAUAUCUAAGUUUCCAAGUGAGAAAUAUUGCAAAAGAAUUGGUUGAUGCAUUUGAUCUUCCAGAUCAUGUCACUCGAGCACCUAUCGCUAUGCAGUCGGGUGCUUACUCUCAAUACACACAGUACGUCGGAUUCUGAUUGCCAACUGAUACAAGCUUUUCAUACAAAUUCGAGGCCUUUGGCGGGUGGUUAGGCUAUUAAUACCUCGGGAACAGUAUCCUGAUAACUGAAACAAACAAUUAGAUUGUCUAGAUUCUUAGAGUCAAGUUGCAUCCAAAUGAUCCUGGAAUACCAAUUGUCAAUUAGUUUCCCUGUAAUGUCAGUCUCAAAAUAUCGAGAUCUUAAUUUUAUGAAGAUGUUGGAUGUCAGUGAAACAAUUUAGGUAUCGAUGGAUAUUACAGAAAAAACUCAAAAAAUUCAUUUAAAUUGAUGAAUAAAAGAUUUGAUUUUUCGACAA